GAAAAAAAAACGUGUAGGAGUUUUGUGCUGUUAAAAAGUGUCGAAUACUCAAAUACAAUCUAUCUGUCCACCCGAUUGAUUAUCGAGGGGUGCAUUCAAAAGAAGAAAAUAUUUCGUUUGUGUAUCACCAUGGAGCAGAUUCCGAUUGCUGUAAGGGUGGAAAAGGACGGAAAACGGAUGGUGCAAUCUAUUGUGUCUGUUUUAAAAACAACAAACUUUGAAUCAAUUAUCGACCAAGUUUUGAACGGAAAACUGAACAAAACUGAGAAGAUCGAUAAAGUAUUUGCUGGUAGUAAGUCUAUUAAUCGUGACGAUUUGUUCGAGGUCGACCCGUCAACCAUUUUGCAGGAUGCUGUGACUGCCAUCGGAACUUGCACCAAAGUUUUGUGCCUAAUGAAACCAACAUUUGACCCUCCAAAGCAACCUCAAAACGCAUUUGAUCAUUUGAUGAAAAAUGCUGCCGUCGUUUUGUAUCCUGAUAAAAAGGAAGAACGAGACGGUCGGUCAGAGCUAUACAACUGUGUUGUACAAUACUUGGUGGACAAAAAAGCAGGGUUCAAACGCUUCCAGAAAACUGAAAUGCAGCAGUUCAUGAGUGCAGUUGUAUCGGCCUUAUGGUACUUAGAUGGCCAAUCAGAAAAGUUGGCAUCAGCUCCAAGUGUUCCACAACUUCCUGCAAGUUUUUGCUUCACUCCGAAGACACGAGAUACAUUUCGGGUGAUGUAUCAUGGGAGAGAAAAAAAGAAAACCCUUCCUCGUAUGAUGCGGACCGAUAUGAUUAAACUAUUCGAUGAACUGGACUCACUGUGUGCAACGGCGAUACUGAAUUCGAAAUCCUGGUCAGAAGUGCAAUCGGAUGUGCAAAUGCUACGUGCAACAUAUGCCGGUUAUAUCAAUUACCUCAACAAAGUGGAAGAUCGAGUAGAAAGUCAAUCCGUUGAUCAUCGAUGCAGCUUGUUGGAAAAUCGGUCUUUAAAAACUGUAGCAGCUAGUUCAUCCAGAACAUCGUUGACGAAACUUAUGUAUAAAGAACUAGAACAGCAACUUAACAGCGGAGAAGCAUACGCUCCUGUUAAUUUAAUACUGUAUGCUCCAUCAGAACGCAAAGCACGAUAUAAGUAUAUCCAGGGAUUAAGCACAGACAAACAGACGUAA